AUGAAAUGUCCUGAACGUGAUCCGCACGGAUCGCUUAGAGGAGUAGAGGGAGGUGGAUCUUGGUGCGCACGAUGCGAAUUCCUCCAACUCAAGGCCCAGGGUACGUCCUCUUCUGUCUGCAUCCUCCAUUUGGCCUAUAAGAAUGCAUAAAACUCAUUCGCUUUCGCAGGACUCUCAACCGGUACUGUCGCCGUCCUGAAGAAGGGAACUUCUGUAGACAAAGACGAUGACAGUUCGCUCGCUAGUGAACCAUUACUCGGUCAUCUCAAUCAAAGUUCCAGCAGCCUAGAACCCUCCAAGUCGUUGUCGACAGACUCUUCGGCACAUCCGUCUGCGGAGUCAUUCCAUGAUUGGAAGAUUUCCCCUCGUAAGUGCUACAAUAAGAAUGCAGCAUUUGUCUGGUAGUGAUGCACUUUCCAGCAUAAGAAAUUAAUGCUUUGUUCAUAAGUCUGGAGAAGUAUUGAUAACUUCAUUCUACGUCCAAUAGAAAUGAGAAGGGUCACAGUUCCACAUCUGUACACUGUUAAGCACUAAUUCUUGGGGAAUUUGGGUCGCGUACCUACAAGAAUGUUAAUCGGUCACAAUAUCCUCACAUGAUUCCUUACCCACAGAUUUUAGAAGACAUCGUCUGUCACUCUCAUAUCCACUGAACGCAACUAUUAACACCUGAACCGGGUUGAGCACGUCUCCUGUUUAUUUUGCUUUAGGGCCCACGCCUUCGUAUUUCUAUGUGGACGUGGUAAGUUCCCGAUGAUUACGAGGAACAUAGCAGUCACACAUAUCGGACCCCUGAGUCAACCCUCUCACUGUUAUGCAGAUCUCUGACUGUCCUUUCGACUCACUCCUUGGGCAGUUCCCCCGCCUGCCAACCCCUCAUUUCGAGAAGUGGGCAUCAGACACACAGUCACCCGCCGCAUUUCUACCACUGGACCUCCCAAAUCUUGUCGACCACGUCGUAUUGCUCCAGAUUGCCAAGACAUAGUUCGAACACAGGCUUGCGCUCGACAUCAUCUGACAGUCCGACAGCUGUUGGGCUUCAUCUCGUCCCAAAGAAGAGCGGCGAUUGGCGACCGUGUGGUGACUAGAGGGCUUUAAACUCAAUGACUAUCCUGAAGAUUUGCCUUGUUCGUGAUUACCACCAAACUCCAAUCGAGGCCAGUGAUGUGCCGAAAACUGAAGUGAGCACUCCCUUUGGGUUAGUCGAAUUCACCCGUAUGCCUUUUGGUCUGAGGAACACCACUCAAACUUUUCAAAGGUUCAUUGAUCAGGUGCUGCGAGGUCUCCACUUCAUCUACGCCAACAUUGAUGAUUUGCUGGUGGCUAGUUCUGUAGCUACUGAACACGAAAUUCAUCUUCGACAAGUCUUUGAACGACUCAACUCCUUCGGCGUUGUAAUCGAUGCUGCUAAAUGGGAGUUUGGAGUCCCCAGUGUACUCUUCCUGGGUCACGAAGUGAACUCUGAUGGGAUAAAACCCGUCCCUGUAAACGUCUCGGCCAUAGCAACUUUUCCCGUUUCGACAACCAUCAAUCAGCUACGCCGCUUCUUGGCGAUGGUGAACUACUAUAACCGUUUUCUUCCCCAUAGUGCCACCAUACUGUAGCCACUCAACAGUCCGUUGGCUUACGACAAGAAGACAUUAGUAAUGACUGAGGAUGCCGUCAAGUCCUUCAAUGACGUCAAGGCCGCACUUGCGAUCGCAACGCUACUUGCCCACCCCCGCGCCGAUGCCCCUCUAACUCUCAUGACAGAUGCUUCCAACACUGCCGUUGGUGCAUCACUUCAGCAAACUGUUAGUGGUGUUCUACAACCGCUGGCGUUCUUCUCGAAGAAGCUCAGCCCAGCAGAAACCCGCUACAGUGUCUUCGGCCGAGAACUCCUUGCUGUCUAUCUAUCCAUCCGGCACUUCCGACAUUUUCUUGAGGGUCGCGAAUUUGUCGUUCUAACAGACCAAAAGCCACUCGUUUUUGCACUGAUGACCUCUCCCGAUCGAUACUCGCCCUGUGAGAUUCGUCAUCUAAAUUUCAUCUCACAGUUUCCCUGCGACACCUAA